AUGUCAAAACGUAUUAUGAAUGAAGUAUUCUGUACUGCAGAGGACAUGGGACUUCAAAUCUUUUACCAGGACUGUGAUAGCAUGCAUAUUUUCAAUGAAGACAUCCCAAAGCUUGCAGCAGAGUUUAAGAAGAGAUACGGUAGAGAACUUAUAGGAAAGAACCUUGGUCAGUUCCAUAGCGACUUUGCAGAAAUAACACCUGGAAAACAAAGUUUAGCUUAUAAAAGUAUUUUCUGUGGAAAGAAGACCUACAUAGACUUACUCACUAACGAUUUAAAUGAAGUUGCAUUUCACUGCAGAAUGAAAGGCGUGAAGCAAGAUGUUAUUGCUUUAACCGCUAAUGAAAUGUUUCCUGAAGCUAUACAAUGCUAUUACAAUGAAGAUAAGAACAUUCACAUACCUGUUGGAACAUAUGACAAAGACUCUGAGUUCAGUUUAAUGAAACUUUACAAAGCACUUUAUGACGGUCAAGAGAUUGGAUUUGACUUAUGUAAGUCAUGUCAACCUUGCUUUGCUGAAAAGUUUAACUUCUCAAUAACGACUAAAACAAGCUUUAUUCGUAAGUUGAAGUUCUGA